AUGCUCCCGCCGACAUGGGCUGCUGGAGGCUCCUUGGUUUUGCACCGUCUGCGUGACGUGGUCGUUUGCUCUGGGUCCCUUUCCAAGACAGGUCCCCAACUGCAAGUGCCGACGUGCGCUGACUCAGAGACGAGUGCAGGUGCUUUGACUGCUCUGGCUUGGAUGCUAGGUACGGAAGGCUGGGACCGCGAAUGCAGAAUGAAGGCCUGGAUCACAAAGCAUGCCGGGCGGAAACCUGCCUUCAACGAGCCUCGCCUGUGUUGGUCUCGCCGAUGCGGCUGGCAAACCAGCUCGCCCGAGGAUGCUGCUUCCGUCGUCGCCGACGUCACAGGGCGGACAGGACUCCGUGCAGGAGAGCCAGGUUUGGAAGAAGCGUUGCGUCCUCAACACUCGCAGAGUGGCGUGAGACGCUCGUGGGCCAGACGACCACUAUUCUCCGAGGAGGGCCGAAAGAAUGACACGGCAGUUUCUCAUUGCGAGCUGCGGGCCAGUGGACCUGUGGUUCAGGCAGCCAGCUCGAUUUGUCUGGCGUGGGUUCACGUUCCGGUACUCUGCCGUUUGCAGAGCUGGCCGCACGCCGAGGCAGGAUCCCACUGUAGGCUGUGCAUCAUGCUUGACACCGAUAUAUGGAGAGUACGCUGGCGAGGCUCCAUUGACAGCCUUGCAAGCGGGGUUGGCUGCGGUGACUGUAGUCCUGAUGCUGUAGCUCGGGCCUGUUUGGAGCUGCUUGGUUCCAUUCGUGCGCAUCCCAUGAUUCUGCAUUGCAGGUACUGCUCUUUGGCAGACCCGGGUACACUCAGGAAGACCCUGAAUACCCCGCUUGACCUGGAGCAGGGUGAGCGCCCACUCCGAGCUCAUGAGUCCUGGCAAUACGGUCGAAAGAUCAGACGGUACGAUCAUUACUGCAAGUGGGUCCAUAACGUCAUCGGUCUCCUUAAUCACAGGGAGUUCGUUGUGAUGCUUGUUUGCCUAUGCGUGAUUGGGCUGUUUGGGGUCAUCCUGGAUGUGUAUCUUGCUUUGCUAUUAGCACAGAAGGGCAUGUGGGAAGAUGAGAUAGCAGUGGUGUCGCACCUUGCAUUCUCUGUUGGGCUGCUGGCCAUCGAAGGGCCCAUCUUCAAGAUCCACAUCGGCCUCGUUUCGAGGAAUGAAUUGGGACAAGAGUGGAAACACCACACAUUCUACGUGGUAGCCCGUGAUGGAAACCUUGUUCCGGUCGACGAUCUUGAUGUUGAUGAGUACAACCAGCUCUUCGAUUCGAAGGCAUUCAUCUAUGAUUCGUCCAGGAACCGCUGGGACAAUGGGUGGACCAACAACUGCUGGAAGUUUUGGUGCUGGCCGCGCUGGCCAGCUGGUGAGCUCGGUGAGUUCUGA